AUGUCUACUUGCCACUCUUCUCAAGUUAUCCCGGGCCUAGCCAGCCCAAUCUUCUCAUCAGUCGCCUACUUCAUACGAUUUGCUGCUUCCACAGUAGUAUUCUUCAUCUUAUGUGUCGCCCUCUACUCGGUGUUCCUCGCUGCCGUCGACAAAGCGUUCACAGAGCCAAUUGUGGAGACAGACCUUACACAGACAACGAUCGAUCUCGAGCCCAUCAUCAAUUCUCCUCGAAAAGUCUGCUCGCCGGCCCGCCACAAGACCCCAGAGGACAACAAAGGUCUUGAUACUACUGACCUCGACAACCACGAGAGCCUCAAAAUUCUCGACAACAUCGUUACGAACAUAGACCUUCCUGGAUCUGAGGUCGAACAGCUUGCUGUUGAUGACCUCGAUUCCUCAUACACCAAGGUUGAUGUGAAGCAUGACGACACUGACAGUAUUCCGGAAAAGUUCAACCAUCCAUCCCCUACCAGGUACCACUGGUAUGAAGACCCAAUGGAUAUCGACACCCUUAUGGACGAUGAGGAACCUUUGGACCUCGGCGACCCCAUGGAUCUCGACGACCCUAUGGAUCUGGACGAACCGGAACUACUCGCCACUAAUGUUCUAGGUAAUCAGAUGUGCUGUUCUGAGCCCACAGCCUUUGUUGCACCGCCAACUACACCAACAAGAGCAGAAAACGUCGCACACGUGGAUUCGUCGGGCCAAGAAUAUUAUUACGCCGGCAACUUGUCCUUAAAGAAGUCAUUCCGACGCGGGGAAGGGGUAAUGCGCAAGGAUCUGCUUCUGAUGAGAUUCUACAAGGACAAGUACGACCGCGACCUCUUCAAGCGAUGA